AUGGACGAAUACCGCUUCCCCGACUCCCGCCUGAAGAAGAAGAUGGACGACCCGGAGAAAACACCUCUUCUGCUGGUUGCCUGCGGCUCCUUCUCACCCAUUACCUUCCUACACCUGCGUAUGUUUGUUAUGGCUGCCGACUACGUCAAGCACAACACGGACUACGAGAUGAUCGGCGGAUACCUGUCUCCUGUAUCGGACGCCUACAAGAAGCAGGGCCUAGCUCCAGCGGAACACAGAGUCGCCAUGUGCCAACUCGCAAUUGACAAAGCCUCCAGCUGGCUCAUGGUUGACCCGUGGGAAGCUGAAAAGAAGGAAUACCAACCAACGGCAAAGGUUUUGGAUCAUUUCGAUAAUGAAAUCAACGUCAUCCGGAAGGGCAUUGACACUGGAAACGGGACCCGGAAACCCGUCAAGAUAUCGCUACUCGCUGGCGCCGAUCUGAUCCAGACCAUGUCCACCCCAGGCAUUUGGAGCGAGAAGGAUUUGGAUCACAUCCUCGGAAGAUAUGGCACUUUUAUCAUUGAAAGAUCCGGCACCGACAUUGACGAGGCCCUGGCCAGUUUGCAAAACUACCGUGACAAUAUCCACGUUAUCCAGCAACUCAUACAGAAUGACGUCAGCAGCACAAAGAUAAGACUUUUCCUGAGGAGAGGCAUGAGCGUACAAUACUUGAUCCCAGCACCAGUUGUCGAGUAUAUUGAGCAAAAUCACCUGUAUAGAGACGAUGCUCGUUCGUCGAGCACUACCUCGAUUCAACACCCGGACAACGACAAAGGAAAGGCCAAGGAAGUCCCGACGACCAGUUGA